GCAAUAAUGUAUGCAUCAACACUCUCCCAACAAUUUAUAAAUGCAAAACACAUGCAAAUACUUCAACACUCCUCAAAAAUAAAUCAAAAUAUAGAGUGAGAGAAAGAGACAAUGAACACCGGAUUUUUAACGUGGAAAACCUCCGAAGAGAUCAAAAACCACGGACCUAUCACCGAUUGAAAACUCCAUUAUGAGGAAUAAAAACUGAGUACAAGGUUUUACCUAGCUCAAGCCAACCAAUCCUUCCCAGAAUACUUGACUAGUACCUUCAUUUUCAGCUUCUCCUUUUGAAGCACACUUGGAGUCCGCACCAAGUUCAAUCUCGGCCUCUUCUUGAAUCCACACAAGAAGAAAAUGGGUUUUUGCACAAACCCAAAUAGAAUGAAAGAUUGAGAUGUGAAUGAAGUAAUGAAUCAACCCAUUUAUUGCUCAAGAAAAUCCAUUGAAAACUAGUUUGGAAAACAUUAAGAGAAGUGGAUUUUCUUUGCAAUCAAAAACCCCAAAUUAGGAAAGCAAAAAUGAGAAAAUGAAGAACACUUGGAGUGUGGCUGCUCUCCCCACAUUUUCAGCAGUCUCUCUUCCAGAAAAUGAGAGAAGAUUGGUUUUUAUAGUGUAAAAAGAAACCCUUAAUCUAAUGGCCGAGAUUUGAUCAAAAAAACAUUAGUUCGAUAGAUCCACCCCUACACUUGGAUCGAUCCAGAAACAGAGGAAUGAAAGCCUUGCACCAAAAAUCAUUUUUCCCAACUUUCUAACACAUUUAAAGAUUAAAAACCGGGUUGAUUCACACCCAAUCACUCUACACUCGACUACAUACCUCGGCCUCUUAGCAAAGUCUUAGUCUUCAAAGUCAAGUAGUCCGAAUAGGAAUAGGAAAGCCGAGUUAGGGGACACUUAGGAAUUUUGUCCGGAAUUGCCAACCUAGCUAAACACUCACAAUCUCCCCCUUUAGCAAUUCUGGGACAAAACCCUUUACAACACGAAUGAGUAUAAGUAAGUAAACCCCACCCAACACUCAUACAAGGCCACUCGCUCACUCAAAACCACAACCUAGGUACUACAAUACCUGCAAAAAAAAUCUCAAGAAAAACAUUAGUAGCACCUGUACAUAUUCCAAGGCACUUCCACAAGAUUUGAAUGAAUUAACACAUAGAUAUCCACAUAUAUCCAAUCACCAAAAUAAUAACUACAAUGUCUCUCCCCCUUUUUGUCCCAGAAAGAGACAAAGGGCCACAAUCUCUCCCUUUCUAUCCAAGAAAAAAGACAAAUGGAUGACAAUUCAAUUAGCAGAAUAUCUCACAUCCAAAUCAACAAACAUCCACAUUUCAACAAAAUGUCAAAUACUCAAAAAUCAAGUAUUCACAUAUUACCAAGUAUCCAUAUCAACAUCCCAAAAAAACUAUAGGAUACAAGAAUCUCCCCCUAACUCCCAUCAUAAGAUAUACGAAACUCCUCCUAAAUCUCAUCACAUGGUUUCAUUUAAAAACUUUCAAAAAAUGCUUUAUCACCAUGAAAAUAGAUUCCAAGCAUGAAAAUGUAUAGAGGGCACUCACAAUGAGCAAACAAAGCCUAGGAUUAACAUUGCUAGAAAGCAAAAACAAUCCAAGGCAAAAAUGAAACCCCAAAAAAAUAUGUUGUGAAAGGAUUCCACACAAAGAAAGCAUCUAGAUUAAGCUAAUGGUGGAGAGAAAGAUGGACAAACCGAACACCUAAGGUUCCCGAAAAAGAUAGCUUAAGCUAAGAAACCUGUGAAUGAGCCACUCCGGAAAAGAAAUGGCGCCAAUGAAACAUUGAUGUAGAGAUUUCCAAUGUUGAAAAGAAUGAUGAGGGAGGAGGACUUCAUCAUAAAUAAAUUUCAGCAACCUUGGUGGUGGAAGCUUAUGCAAUGAAGAAGAGAAGAAGAAGAAGAUGAAGACCCUUUUUGAAAGAUUUUGAAAUUAGGGCUCAAUUGAGAAUGGAAGAGGGGUUUUUAAAGAUUGGGGAUUUUGAUUUUUUUUUUUUUUUUACACGGAAUGACAUAUGGAACAGUGAAGAUUGGAAAUGUCUUGAAAAUGUGUUUCCAAAGAAGAACAAUGGCAGUAGAUUACUUCUUACAACUCGAAAUAGGGAUGUUGCUUUGCAAGCAGAUAUUCAGAGUGUCCCCUUGGAAAUGCAACUUCUCUCUGAAGCAGAGAGUUGGAAGCUGUUUUGUAGAACUGCAAUCCCCAAUAAUGUUAUUGACAAUUGUCCUCCAGAGUUAAAGGUAUUUGGGGAGAAGAUGGUGAAGAAAUGUGCUGGUUUGCCAUUGGCCAUUGUUGUAUUGGGAGGCUUGUUAUCAUCCAAAAAGCAGUUGCCGACUGUGUGGGAACAGGUGCUCAACAAGCUCCAGGUGCCCUUCUCUGAAGGCAAUGGUGUAGAUGCAAUAUUGAGCUUAAGUUUCAUCGAUUUGCCCCACAACUUGAAAUCAUGCUUUCUUUAUCUAGGCCUCUUUCCAGAAGAUUGGGUCAUCCCCAAGAGAGAAUUACUCCUUUUAUGGAUUACAGAGGGUUUUAUUCCACAACAAGAUGAACAAAGAAUGGAGGACACUGCUGAGGAUUAUUUGAAUGAGUUAAUCAAUAGAAAUUUGAUUCAAGUAGUAGCAGUGAGUAUUAAUGAGAGAAGUAAAAAAUGUCGGGUUCAUGAUCUAGUAAGGGAUUUAUGCAUAAAGAAGGCAAAAAAGCAAAAGCUGUUUGAGAUUCAAAAUAACAUAGUUCAUGUUCCCUCAUCUUGUUCAUCUCACCCUUCAACCAAAUGUCGUCGACAAGGUAUCCAUUUUGGCUCGGGGGGUAUGUUUCAACUACAUAUCUUCGCACCCUUCACUCUUUCGACCCAAAAACUGACAAUUUGAUAUUAUUUCUCCCACCUCAUUUCCGUUAUAGGCAUUUUAAAUUGCAUAGUGUUAAACUUGGAAGGUAUAGAGUUUCGCAAUAGACUAUCAAGUUCAGUUGGGAGACUAAUUCAUUUAACGUACUUGAGUAUAAAGCUUCCAUUCACAUUCCGUGAGAGUAAUUCGUUCUUUUCAAAGCUUCCAACCUCUUUAGGUAAUUUAAGGAGGUGGCAAACUUUGGAUAUUGGUAUUGUUAUAUUGGAAAAGCCAACUGUGAUACAAAAAAUGAAAAAUCUACGACAUCUCUUCCUCUUCUAUCAUAGUCAAGAUGGCAAGCCAUUGCUAAUUGACACUUCUCCAAACUCUGUCUAACAUAUGGGUCAGUGAUUGGCAACAAAAUGAUACAAGUAAGUUAACUAGCCUUGGGAAACUGAAAAUUCAAGGGAAAUUUGACUUGGAAAUGGUUGAGUUCUCAAACUCCAUUGCCAAACUGGAGAAUCUUCGAUCCUUGUAUCUUGAGGCAUAUCCCCCCGGCAUGCCAUCCUUUGUCAUGAACUCUUGGCUACAUCUAUCUAAGCUGCAAAUAAAGGGACGCAUACCACAGUUACCUAAUGCACGUCAGUUCCCACCAAGUCUAACACAAUUAACCUUAGAAGAGACUGAGUUGGACUAUGACCCUAUGGCAAUUUUGGAGAAGCUGCAAAAAUUGUUGACUCUAAGAUUAAGGAAGGACUCAUAUCUUGGAGAGGAAAUGCAAGUAUCUGCACAUGGCUUUCCUAGACUCAAAGUAAUUCAACUUUUUGGGUUAAACCGCACGAGGAGGUUGAAUAUAGAAAAGGGUGGCAUGUCAAAGCUUACUCAGUUGCAGGUUUUUGAAAGCGUCUUGGACAUCAAUGGACUUAGCAAGCUCUUACUUCUGCAGAAGGUAGAUGUCAUUACUACAUCUCUAGAUCAUCAUCCUUGAAUUUCCUCCUUGCCCUGUUCGUCCGACUGGCGUGAUGUAAGAAGCAAGACAGGAAAUGGUGACAGUAUAUGGCACUUAUACUGCUGAUGAUUGCUGGGGUUAUAAGCAGCAACACAAGAAGACUGGUUUCAGUGAAGCAACCAAAUGAUAUCUAGAAACCAUUGGCGGAUAUGUUACUCUCAAUUGUGGGUAGUUGCUCAAUUGAAAUCAAGUCCAGCUCAUGCAUGACGUAAAAUACAUUCCUCUCCACCAAAUCACAAAAGAACUGUAGUGUUUGAAUGAUCAACACGAUAAGCUCUUGCUUCUAGCCCCUCCUAUUCAGGAUUAUCAUCUCCGUUCAGCUGUUUAAGGGGAGUAAUAAGGAGAAGAUUAAGAUGGAAAGGGCUGUAAUCUCCUUUGUCGUAAACAGGAUUGGUGACCAACUCAUGGAAGAAGCAAUUUUCUUGAAGGAGGUGCGCCCACGAAUUGAGAGGCUGCAUAGAGAUCUGAAGGCGAUCAACUGCUUCUUAGAAGCAGCAGAUGCGAAGCAAGAGGAAGACCCAAGAGUGCGUAACUGGGUUUCGGACAUCCGAGAUGUUGCUUAUGAUGCUGAGGACGUUGUCGACAUGUUCAUCCUUAAGGCUGAGGCCCUGAGGAGAAAAAUCUUUGUCAAGCGCAUUUUCCAAAAGCCCGUGUAUCUGCAUAAUCUUGGCAAGAAAAUUGAUGAGAUCCAAACCAACCUCCAUGACAUCUCAAGGAGGCGAGAAAUCCUGGGAAUAAAAAAUAUUGGAGUAGGAACAAGUACUUCAAGUCAGAUGCUGCAGAAUCUAAGACGGACCACUCCUCGCGCCGAAAAACAUGUCAUUGUGGGCCUGAAUGAAGAAGCAAAUAAGCUAGUGGAGCAGCUGACCACGGGGGACCCAAGGCGCCGCGUGGUUUCUAUAGUAGGAAUGGGCGGCAUCGGCAAAACUACUCUUGCCAAGAAAGUCUAUAAUCAUAGCAGAGUUAUGGAUCAUUUUCAGUCUUGUCGUGUCUGGGUUUAUGUAUCUGAAGAUUGUAGACCCAGGAAUAUUUUUCAGCAAAUUCUAAACCAACUUCUUCAUAACCCAAAGCAGAUAGAGAAAUUGCAGGAGAACGAGUUGGAGGAUUUACUUCACGAGCACCUAGAGGAGAAAAGAUUUUUGGUAGUUUUGGAUGACAUAUGGAAAAGUGACGAUUGGAAGUGUCUUGCAAGGGUGUUCCCAGAGGAGAGUAAUGGCAGCAGAUUACUUCUUACAACUCGAAAUAAGGAUGUUGCUUUGCAAGCAGAUGCUCGAAGUGUUCCACAUGACAUGCAGCUUCUCUCGGAAGAAGAGGGUUGGAAGUUGUUUUGUAGAACUGCAAUCCCUGACAAUGUUACUGACGGUUGUCCUCCAGAGUUGAAGGAAUUUGGGGAAAAAAUGGUGAAGAAAUGUGCUGGUUUACCAUUGGCUAUUGUUGUAUUGGGAGGCUUGUUGUCUUCCAAAAAGCAGUUGCCGACUAUGUGGGAAGAAGUGUUCAACAAACUCCGGGUGCACUUUGCCGCACGCAAUGGAGUAGAUGCAAUAUUGAGCUUAAGCUACAUCGAUCUGCCCCACAACUUGAAAUCGUGCUUUCUUUAUCUAGGCCUCUUUCCAGAAGAUCAGGUAAUCUCCAAGAGAACAUUACUGCUUCUAUGGAUGGCUGAGGGUUUUGUUCCACAGCAAGAUGAACAAAGACUGGAGGACACUGCUGAGGAUUAUUUGAAUGAGUUAAUCAAUAGAAACUUGGUUCAAGCGGUAGCAGUGAGUGUUAAUGAGAGAGUUACAGAAUGCCGGAUUCAUGAUCUAGUACGGGAUUUAUGCAUAAAAAAAGCCAAGGAGCAAAACUUUGUUGAGAUUCAAAAGGACAUAGUUUCUCUUCCCUCAACUACUUCAUCUUUUCCUUUCACCAAAUCCCGUCGACUAGGUAUUUAUUUGGACUUGGAGAGGUAUGCUUCCAGAGAACAUUCAACCCCAUAUAUUCGGUCUCUCUUCUUUUUUUUACUCCAACGUAGUCCCCAUAGUCGAUAUUAUGGGAUACUAUCAUGGUUAGAUUUUAUUUACAAAUAUUACAAAUUACUUAGAGUGUUAGACUUGGGAAAUGUAAAGAUCUAUGAGCCACCAAAUUCAUUUGGGAAACUAGUUCAUUUAAGGUACUUGAGAUUAACAGCGCAUAGGUAUUCAAACUGUCCACCUUCUUGUUUGGGGAGUUUGCAGGACUGUGUAAACUUUCCAACCUCCUUAGAUGAGCUAAGGAGUUUACAGACUUUGGAUAUAUGUAUUUCUAAAGGAACACCAACUAUGAUAGAGAAAAUGAAAAAUCUACGACACCUUUUCCUCUCGUAUGAUAGAGAAGAUGACAAGCCAUUACGGAUUGACAAUCUAAGAAAUCUCCAAACUCUGUCCGGAAUAUGGUUUAGUGAUUGGCAACAAAAUGACACAAGUGACUUAACUAGCCUUCGGAAACUGAAAAUAAAAAUGGAUGACGCGAUAGUGGUCGAGUUUUCAAACUCCAUUGCUAAGCUUGAGAAUCUUCGCUCCUUGUAUCUUAAGGCAUCACAUUUCUCCGGGGUUCCAUCCUUUGACAUGAGCUCUUUGCUACAUCUAUCUAAGCUGCAUAUGGAAAGAUCCAUAGGGCAAUUACACGAGUUCCCACCAAAUCUAACACAGCUGACCUUAGAAGAUACUGAGCUAGACUAUGACCCAAUGGUGAUUUUGGAGAAGCUGCCAAAAUUGUUGACUUUAAGAUUAAGAAUGUGGUCAUACCGUGGAUGGGAAAUGCAAGUAUCUGCAGAUGGCUUUCCUCAACUCAAAAUCCUUCAACUUUCUGACUUAUACGGACCGACGAAGUUGUUGAUUAUAGAGAAGGGUGGCAUGUCAAACCUUACUCAGUUACAGAUUUUUAGAAGUGUCUUGGACAUCUAUGGACUUGGUGAGCUCUUACAUCUGAAGAGGAUAGAUGUCAUUGAUAUAUCUCCACAUUCUCAUCGCUGGAUUUCUUCUUUACCCUGUUCUUCUGAAUGGCAAGAUAUAAGAAGCAAGACGGAAGAAGGCAAGGAUAUAUGGCACUUAUACCGCCAAUGAUUCUUGGGGUUAUAUGCAGCAGCACAAGAAGAUUGAUUUUAGAUAAUGAAGUCAAAUGAUAAACCAAGGUAGCUACAGAUUGAGAAUCCAAUGGAGUGGUUUUUCCACAAAAGAAGGGGACCAGAGUGGAAACAUGGGUGGACAGGCCAGACCCUCAACAACAUCUCCACACCACCUCUUCCAUUGCUAGCCAUUUUUGCCAUUGUCAUUCUCUUGUGGUCCCUCUCCAAUUACACAAGCUACAAGGGCCAACUAUACCAAACUACCAACAACUUCCAGCUAUUCCUCUUCUUGUUGCCCAUCCUCUUCAUCUUCCUCAUUGCCUCCUCCUCUGAUGGGAGGCCUAGUUUCCAGGCUCCAAAUCCACAUCAUGAGUCCAAUCACAGAGCUGGGAGCUUUCCUUGGGGUGUUGCUGUCCUGGUGGGGGUGCUUCUUGUCUUGGUCUCUUACCAAUCUGUAUUUCAAUCAAAGUGGUUUGGAGCUCUCAGGAGUUCUGUUUAACAAAAGAAACUCCGGUACUUUCUACAUAUGACAAUAAGGAUGCCUUACUUGUCAUUGUAAGGCAAGUGAAUGUACAUAAUUUGGGUUUGAUUAUGGUAUCUAUUGAGUUUCUCUUUUGGGUUUUGUAAUAUGAUUCAUAUUUAAGUCCUGUGUGGUAUGAUUUGUAGCAUGGUGGCACAAAGUUCAAGUGAUGGGUUUUGUAUAUUUCUUGUUUUCUCUUCAACAAGACAUACAUAAAAGUGACUAAUCCAUCUUCUUCUUCUUC